AUGAAGACAAUGAUGAUGCAGAAUCUAUCCGGUGCGACCUACCCGCCUCCCCCACCCACGGGAUUUGGAUUCGGAGGUACACUACCACCUUCAUUUCCUGGAGGAUCAUUCUUUCACAGUCAUAUUCCGUCCUCUUUUAAUUCUGGAUUUCCGUCAUCUGUUCAAGCAUUCACUCUGGCAGAAAAGCUUGCCGCGGAUAUACUUUUAGAGGCAAGGUACGGCCAACACCGUAAACAGAGAAGAAGCAGGACCGCAUUUACGAAUCAGCAGCUUGCUGCAUUGGAGAAAACAUUCUCAAAAACCCAUUAUCCAGAUGUAGUUAUGAGAGAACGUUUAGCAAUGAUGACUAGCCUUCCAGAAGCACGAAUACAGGUCUGGUUCAAGAACCGAAGAGCUAAAUUCCGAAAGAAGCAGAAAGUAACGAAAGGGAAAAACCCGACUGAUGUGAAACUAACUGCAAAAACAAACGGAACCGGAAGUAAGGAAGAAACAGCAGAGCUUGAAAAACAGGAGGAGAUAAAUAUUACUGAAAACACUAGUGGGACGUCUUUACGAAAAACCAAGACAGAACCAGAUGAUUCUUCGGGAGGAAUUGAUGUCCCUAGCGACAAUAGAACUAAUGACGACUCCGACAGAAAUGACAGCACACCUGAGUAUCUACCUGAUAAACAAGAUAUACCAUAUUGUCGUCCACCCACGGAUCUUCCGUCCAGUAACAUCCUCCCAAACAUCAGCGUCUUUCAUUGGCAGAAUCAACAGUUGUCUGGAGCAGUUCUUCACAAGCAUGCGCAAAUGCAACUCCAACAACAAACCGCAAACAUGUUCAAUAUGACGUCACGUUACCCUGGAUUCAAUCCUGGCUAUUCCCUCAAUCAUCCUGCUUUGUUACCCCCACCGUCAAUGAGGUGUGACCGUGGAUUAGUCCCAUUUGCAGUUAAAGACAGUUCUAUGAAUACAAGUUUGGAAAACCUUCGGUAUAGGUCCAAGCACUAUACACACCCCAUUGGAUAUAUAGAUAGUUUAUAA